CAAAAUAAAAAAGAAAAAUUUAUUGAUUAUGCUAAAGAUUUAUCUAUUGAAACAAAUAUUCGUUUAUCAACAGUUAUGACUAAUUUAAAUGAGUUACAAAAUGGUUAUGAUACAAAUAUAUCUAAUAAAGCAUCACCAUUAGUUGAUUAUUAUAAAAAAAAAUUUACAACAUCAGAUUUAGCUAAAGCUUAUGGAAUUUGGCUGCGAACUUAUCGAUCGAAUUGA